AAUGGGAACUUGAGUGUUUGGCUACAUGAAGAACUAAGCACAGCCUGGGGGUUGUUUUCUUAACUUGUUUUUUCUUUCACUCUCUUCCACCUUUAAUUCUGUCUUGGACACAGUGAGGUGUGUGGACACAGAUGAAACAAGAACAAUGUGGAAAGCAGCAGUGUUAAUGUUCGUGCUGCUACACAUAGAUAUGCAGGUGAUUGGUGAUUUAGAGACUGAGACAGAAACGUACGAGCCAGAGAACCAGGAGCAGACAGACGCCAUUGUUCCAAGUGAUGCUGCCUCCUCUGCAUACUCAGGUAAGCUGCUAGUGGUACCCAUGGAUGGGAGCCACUGGGUGACCCUGAAGGCCAUUUCCCAAGAAAUGGGUCGCCGUGGACACCAGGUCACCGUGGUGAUACCAGAGGUCAGCAUGCGGAUGGGUCCGGGGAAACACUACGACACUGUGACCUAUCCCGUUCCAUACGACAAGGCUCAUCUUGAUUCUGUGGUGUCCAUGCACAAAGAAAGGUUACAAAAAUCUGCACAGCCUUUCAUGGAAAAGAUGAAGAAACGAUUCUCACAAUUCCAGAGAGUGAUAGGAGUGAUCCACACCACAGCAGAGAGUCUACUGUUCAAUAACAGCCUCAUUUCACAUCUGGCACAGCAGGGCUUCGAUGCCGUGUUGACAGACCCCCUGAUCCCAACAGGGGCACUGAUUGCUCGGAAAUUGGGCAUCCCCACUGUGAAUCUACUGAGAGGAAUUCCAUGUUCCUUGGAUAUAAAAUCUGCUGGCUGCCCCUCCCCGCCUUCAUAUGUGCCGCGCUUUUUCACUGGAUACACCGAUACGAUGAACUUCAAGCAGAGAGUUGUCAACACUUUGGUAGCUUUGCUGGAGCCGCUGUUCUGCCGACUGCUAUACUGGCAUUUUGACCAAAUGGCCUAUGAGUUCCUAGGAGAGGAGGUGGGCAUCGCUGAGGUGCUGUCAGACUCUGAUAUCUGGCUGCUGAGGAUCGACUUCACACUGGAGUUCCCACGUCCUCUCAUGCCUAAUGUAGUGCUAGUUGGUGGCAUCAACUGCAAUGUGAGAGCUCCUCUCCCUGAGGAUUUGGAGUCCUGGGUGUCAGGGGAGCACGGGUUUGUGGUGUUCACUCUGGGCACCAUAAUAUCAGAUCUGCCAGAAGAAACGUCGUCUAUCUUCUUAGAGGCUUUCAGGCAGAUUCCACAAAAAGUGAUAUGGAGAUAUACAGGUCAGGUUCCUGACAACGUCCCAGAAAACGUGAAGAUAAUGAGCUGGGUGCCUCAGAAUGAUCUGCUUGCACAUUCUGGAGCCCGGGCUUUCAUCACGCAUGCUGGAUCACACGGCCUCUUCGAGGGACUGUGUCAUGCUGUUCCCAUGGUGAUGCUUCCAAUAGAGGGGGACCAACCUGACAAUGCAAAGAGGCUGGCGAGCAGGGGAGCAGGAGUCGAGUUGGAUAUUUAUUCUAUCACGACAGAAAUCCUGCUUCAGGGACUGAAUGAGGUCAUAAAUGACAUCAGGUAUAAAGAAAAUAUGCAGAAGCUGUCAGCUAUCCAUAAAGACCGGCAGAUCGAGCCUCUCGACUUGGCGCUGUACUGGACAGAAUACGUGAUGAGGCACAAAGGGGCGAAACAUCUUAAAUCAGCCAGCCAGAAGCUCAACUGGAUCCAGUACUUCUGCCUGGACGUGAUAGCGCUCCUAGCUACCGUUGUUCUAGUUUUAGGAAUACUGACGGCAAAAUGCAUGAAACUAUGCUUCCGGAAACUGAGCAGGAAAACAAAACAGGACUAAGUGUUUACAGUUUAAAUGUGGGAGAGUGUGUAAGAGGAAUAAGUGAAGUCAUGUGGUGACCAAAAAGACAUUUAAUAAAGGAAACAUAAUAUUA